CCGCACCCAUCACCGUCGGCGCUCGCUAUCGCCCUCAUCGCUCGCGCGCAGUGCAGCGUGUUCGUCCAGUCCGGCGCAUCAGCCCUUGCGCCCUCCGCCCGUGACGCGCCUAUCACCCAGCAGCACUCGAUCAGCGGCCUCAUGUGCCUUUCCUGAAUUUCCACCGUUUUCCACCUCCAACCGACCCUCCUACUCGUCCUCUGUCCGCGUCGCCUACCCACACACCUACCAGUACCCGUUGACGCUCCCCCUCGCCAUCGAGCACGCGUCUCCAUGCCCUCCAAUGCAGACACAGGCACAGGCUCUUAAACGAGGCCCCGAAGAUCAUUGGCAAGGCACCGCGACAGGCAGGCCUAGCUCAGGUCCGCCGCGCCUCCGCGGAGGCUCAACCACCAGCGUGAAAUGAAUAACCACCCAUACCAGGGAGGGCACGGCGCGAACGCGCCGCCAUCUGCUCUCCCUUUGCAUCCGCAGCGGCGCGACUUUGUGCCCUAUGCCCAACAGCAUGUCGCGCAGCACACGGGCAUUGUCCAGCCCUAUCCCACCUAUCACCCCGCUGCAUCAUUCUACCACACGCAACCGCCGCGGUGGCAGCCAAAUUAUCAGCAGGCAUAUCCACAGCACUUCAUGCAGCCGCAACAAUGGAUGCCCCCUCAGCAUUUCGCGCAGCGCUCUCCCAUGAUUGUGAGCUCGCAACCUCAUGGACAGCCUGUCACUCGACAGCAACAUCCCAUUCCGCCGAUCCCGCAGUCGACGCAAUCGCCUCGACCAGUUCCGCAGUACAUCCACCAUCAACCACCCGCCGCUUCGCCUUCCCCGGCACCAGCUCAGGUCCCCACACCCGUGCCAGUGCCGGCUCCGGUUCCUGCUAUCGCCCCGAAGCCCGAAGAGCGCCUGGAAACACCUCCUCCACCAGAAUCGCGCCGUCAGUCCAUUGCGCAGAGCCCGUUAUCCCUGGAUCCCGAAUACAGGGAUCAAUUCUGGCCUCCCGGAGGACUCCCAUGGUACAGCGUAUCUGAGGACCGCGCAGUCUUUCCAACACGUGCUACCACGCGUCGCCGACGCAGAAGAAAUCUCCGUGGUGGUAAUACCUCUGUGGCCCUGCCCACGCGAGAGGACACUGAGCAGGAGGUGUCGGCGGUAGAAAAGGCAUCAGCACCAGUAGCAGAGGUACCUCAGACACCAUCGGCCGAAGAGCCUGAGCCCGAGCCACAGUCUGAAGUCUCGACCAUCGCAGCUCCUUCUGAGCCGGAGACUCCAGCAACUUCCCAGGCCCCAUCCGAGAGUGAUUUUACCAACUCCACCGUCACGCCCGCACACGCGCCCGUUCCCUCGCCCAAACCCCUACCGACCCAACAGCCGUCCCGUGCACGCCGAGACACACGAACAGCCAUAGCAGUGCCAUCGAUUCCAGGCCUGGCAAGGCCUAAAGACGCAUCGCCUCCCUCUGUAUCGCAGAAGGGCGCUCAGUCUCAGGCAGGAGAAGAGGCCACUUUGAAGCCGGAAGAGCAGAGGGAUACGAUUGCGGAAGAGGCGUCGCCUGUGGUGGACAGCGUCAAGCCGGCUGAAUCGAAGCCAGCGCCAAAGUCAUCAUGGGCUGAUAUGGUGAAGCGCAACGCCCCAAAGGGGCCACCACCAGCCCGUGGCCCUCCAAAGGGUGAUGUGGUCACGAAUGGCUUUCAUCUGCCCAAGUCAGCUUCACUCGCCGAUGCUUUGAAGCAGUACACCGUGGACAGUGGCACCCAUCUCAACUUUCUCGAGCCGAGAGGCCUCGUGAACACUGGCAAUAUGUGCUACAUGAAUUCUAUUUUACAAGUCUUGGUGUUUUGUGUUCCAUUUUACAACUUUCUGGAUCAAGUGGCAAAGCGCACUGUGCACUCCAUGAAGAGCGAUACCCCUUUGGUCGAUGCUAUGAUCAUGUUCAUGAAGGAGUUCAAGCCGUUGGCAACUGCGGCGUCGGCGGAUGCUGUGCGUUCUCUUCUCAAGCAAGAGCAGCUCGAGCAGUAUGGCGACUCCGUCACGCCAGACUAUGUUUACGAGGUGAUUCGCAAUCUCUCACGUUUUGCGAACAUGAGGCGCGGCCAUCAGCAAGACGCAGAGGAGUUCUUGGGUUUCUUGCUCGAAGAACUUCACGACGAGUGCGUAAAGGUGAUGCUAGGCCAGACUGAGCAACAACCACAAACCAAUGGUGCUGCAUCUCCCGAGACUGUUUUGUCUCCCUCGUCUGCCGAUGGGUGGCUCGAGGUGGGCCCGAAGCAGAAGUCAGUCAUCACCCGUACCACUGGUCAACAAGACAUAGCAUCGCCUAUUACUAGGAUCUUUGCUGGCCAGACUCGAGCCGAGUUCCGUGUGCCUGGCCAAAAGGAUUCGGUUACACUCGAGCCUUACAAGCCGCUUCAGCUCGACAUUGGCGGAGAGCACGUCAGCAAUAUCGUUGAUGCCCUGAAAGGUCUCACUAACACGGAGACGCUGACUGGCGAGUUUGGUGGACGAGGUAAUACUGCCAAGAAGCAAAUGUUCAUCGAGACGCUGCCACCAGUGCUCAUCCUGCAUUUGAAGCGCUUUGAGUACAAUAGCAGCACCAAAGCGACUCAGAAGAUCUGGAAGAAGGUCGGAUAUCCACUGGAACUGCAGAUCCCGAAGGAAGUUUUCUCCCCAGCCAAACGCGCAGGUCUGCAGAUUUCAGGCCUGCCAAAGUAUAGGCUCACUAGCGUUGUCUACCAUCACGGAAAGUCUGCGGCGGGUGGUCAUUACACUGUCGACGUGCUCCGACAGGACAGUCGCGAAUGGAUCCGCAUGGAUGAUACUAUCAUCCGUCGCAUCCGCUCUGAAGAUGUUGCCGAGGGAGGUUCUGAAGAGGAUCCCAAGGUCCUUGCGAGAGCCCUUGAGCAGCACAAGGCUGAUCAAGAUAUGCAGAAGCAGCGCAACAUGUACCAAGGUCUCGAUGAGGCUGAAAAAGAGCCGGAAGAGGAGAAGCCAUGGUCCGAGGUCAACGGCAGCAUUACCAGUCACAAGAAGAACUGGAGCGGUGUUGCUGCCUCUCUCACCAAUGGAACCGCCACGCCCUCCAGCACCGCAGGCAAGCGAACCCCCACUGCCAAGAAGGAAGGCGUGCGCGACAACAAGGUUGCAUACAUCUUGUUGUACGAACGCAUUCGUGAUUGAAGACGGCCAUUGGCAUGAAGGCCAACGAAAGAUCUUGGCGCACCGAGGAUGGGGUGCGAAUAUAUCGACAAAGCGGUCCCCUGGGUCUUUGGCACGAAUAGGAAAACGACGACUGCGCUGCGUCUGCGUGCACAGCGGGUCUCAUCGACAGCAGUGGUAGCAGCAGUCUUUCUUGCACACAAACACGAAAGGAGAAAAAGUUCGGCAUUAGCGACGGCGUCGGCGGACGUCUUGUGAGCGAGUGCGUAUGUAUGGACCGCUUCAAUCGGCCCUCACGACGACACGCUACCGUGUACUUGUAAUAGUUGUGCACCGAAAAGGAGACAUACGAUGAAUGAUGAGUGUGCAGAGAGGCAGCAAACCUUGGGUGGUUUCGUUGGCUUUGUCCGCUUAGCUUAAUGUGUGUACUUCUAGGAUGUGUACAUAGCGAAUGACACAUCAUUCACGAAGGGCCACGAUGCCAC